AUGUUCAACAAUCGACCACAAUUCAUCAUAAAAGCAGAGAAAAACAAAGAAUUUGACAAAUCAUGUCUCAUUGAGACGUUUAACAUUGGAAAUGGAAAUAUAGCAGAUUGUCUGAAGCACUGUUUGGAGAACUGUCGGUGUCAGUCGUUCCAAAUUUGUGACAAGACAAAAUGUCAACUGUGUUCAAGUCACAAGAAAGGGAACAGUUCAUUGCUUCAUGACAAAGAUGACUGCGUCUAUGCUAUGUACGAAAUGCGAGAUUUGACAGAAACGUUUCAGGUAAUACAUGUAUAACUAGGUAAAUUUGAAGAGUGAAAGUAAACAUUUACAAUUCUCAUAUUUUUAGAGAUAUUUUAAUGUGCUUCCUGUCAUGCAUACAUCCCGACAUUUUGGUAUUAGUAUAUUCACAAUAUUACAUUUUAUUUUCUUAGAAAUUGGAAGGGCAAUGUUCAAGCAUGAAUUGUCCAAUGAAGUACAAUUGUUGUCAACAAUCAGGUAUCUGUCUGGAGAACAAAAUAUGCAAACCAGUCAACUCCCAAGAACAGCCUUGGAAACGUUUUACCUGCGCAUGUCCGGAUGGUUACCAUGGAGACAACUGUGACCAACCAAUCACGUCAUGCCAAGGAUAUGCCAAAGGUUCCCGGAAAUCGGGCAUGUACAAAGCAGUGGAUUCUAUUGUAGGCUUGUUGUAUUCAGUAUACUGUCAUUUUGAUUCUGAAAGUGCUUGGACUUUGGUGCAGUCUUACAGUUUUGCAAAUAGAUCUCUUGAUCAUUUCAAAAAAUCUUUAUCUAAUAACCGUCCUAUCAGUGAAAAUGCUCUAACAUGGAGCGGCUAUCGACUUAGCAAAGCAAGAAUGGAAUCUAUCAAAAGUAAUUCAACUUUCCUUCAGUUCACAUGUGAUUAUGACAAAGACAUUGCAAUUGAUUUAAACCAAUCCGACUUCGUUCAACUUGAGCUUCAAAAUCUUAAAACCAUAGUCGGAUGA